CUGCAGGCCGUUCGCAGGUCGGAGCCGACGGCGGGCGGCGGCGGUGCGGGGCAUGCGCGAGCAAAGUACAGGCAGUGUGGGGAACCGACCUCGGCGCCAGGGCCGCUCGCCUCAUACCUUUAUGCUUCAGCCGGCGCCAAUCCCACAUUCCUGUCUUAUUUUCUUUUCUGCGGAUGAACCCGAUCUCUCCAGCGGCCUCGACAACGCCAAAGCACGCAGAGACUGCCACCAAAACACUAUACGACAAACAACAGAGCCUCCCCUCUCCAAAACAGCCGCCAUCAUGGGUGCCCCCGAUAUCCUCAAGCUCAAGAAUCCAGAUCUCUUCCGCGACAAGGCCUAUGUCAACGGCCAAUGGGUCGAGGCCAAGUCGGGCAAGCGGUUCGAUGUCAUUGAUCCUGGAAACAACAAGGCAUGGGCGUCUGUCCCUGACAUGGCCAAGGAAGACGUCGACGGUGCCGUGCAGGCCGCCUACACCGCGUUCGAGGACUUCCGCAAGACGACGCCCCGGGCCCGCGCGCAGCUGCUCUCGCGCUGGGACGCCCUCAUCAAGGAGAACAAGGACGACCUGGCGGCCAUCCUGACGCACGAGACGGGCAAGCCCCUCGCCGAGUCCAAGGGCGAGAUCGACUACGCGGCGGGCUUCACGUGGUGGUUCGUCGGCGAGGCCGAGCGGGCCCACGGCUCCGUCUUCCAGGGCUCCGUCCCGGGCCGCCGCGUCUUCACCAUCAAGCAGCCCCUGGGCGUCGUCGCCGCCCUCGUGCCGUGGAACUUCCCCAUCGCCAUGAUCCUGCGCAAGGCCUCGGCCGCCUUCGCCGCGGGCUGCACCAUGAUCGCCAAGCCGUCCCCCGAGACCCCGCUCACGGCGCUGUCGCUGGCAUAUCUCGCAGAGAAGGCUGGGUAUCCCAAGGGCGUGUUCAACGUGCUCCCCACCACGCUGGCCAACACGCCUUCCCUGUCCGAGGCGCUCUGCAGGCAUCCCACGGUCAAGAAGGUCACUUUUACUGGCUCGACUCGGGUCGGCAAGCUCCUGGCUGCGCAGUGCGCCGACACCUUGAAGAAGCUCACUCUCGAGCUGGGUGGCAACUGCCCUUUCAUCAUAUUCGAUGACGCAAAUCUCGACCAGGCUGUUGAAGCCCUCAUGGCCCUCAAAUUCCGCCACGCCGGCCAGGCCUGCAUCACCGCCAACAGGGUGUACAUCCAGCGCGGCGCGUACGACAAGGUGUCGGCCAUGGUCACGGCAAAAGCCCGGGCGCUCAAGCUGGGCCACGGCACCGACCCGGCCACGACCAUGGGCCCCGUCACGGUGCCGCAGGGGCUCGACAAGAUCGCCGAGCAGGUCGCCGACGCCAAGGAGCACGGGGGCAAGCUGCUCACGGGCGGGCAGCGCGUCGACCUGAAUGAGGGUUACUUCUUCGAGCCGACCGUCAUUGGCGACUGCGCGCCGGAGAUGCGCGUCGCCAAGGAGGAGACGUUUGCGCCGCUGUUGGCGCUGUUCCCGUUUGAUCGCGAGGAGGAGGCCGUGCAGUGGGCGAAUGACACAAGCAUGGGCCUUGCAUCCUACGCCUUCACCAAGAACGUCGACCGCAUGUGGCGGCUCUUUGAGAACCUUGAGGCCGGCAUGAUCGGUUUGAACACGGGCAACUCGUCGGCCGCCGAGUCGCCGUUCGGCGGCAUCAAGGAGUCCGGCUUCGGCAAGGAAUCGGGCAAGGACGUUGCCAUCAACGAGUACCUGAUUACCAAGACGGGGACUCUGACUCUGGAGGAUCACUUUUAAUGAAAAACCCCGAGCAGCAUGUUCUGCGUGUGUUCCGGUUGGGUUAUUGGGGUGCGAGCAUAUUGUCGACGUCAACCACAGUACUCUUCUGGAAGGGGCAUGCAGUGUGGCAGUAUGAAGUAGUCAAAAAAGCAGUAAGGAAACGAGUCACUAUCUCGUCAUCUAUUGGCCAUUCCAUUUCAGGCAGCUGGCAGCCGCAUGUAAAUAUCAAAAUCAGCAUAAGCAGAUCGCCAGAGAGCCCCUACAGGGGUCCAACGGGUCAUCAUGCGUGGCAGAUAAUCUACCAGGCCCCAAGCUGGAUAACUCAGAACCUAAGAUGUACUCCCUAAUAUAGCGGAUACGCUUGAUUGACUCAGAGUAAGUAGGUAUCAGAAGAG